CUUCAUUCUUGUUUCUGAAGAAUCCCACUCACCCUUUCUCCCUCUCCCGUCCUCCUCUUCUAAACGCCUCUUGUGGUCCCCGCGCAGUUUGUCCGUCUACCGCAAUCGCUGACAUUGACUUGUCAAGUACGGGAACCGCCAGAUUGUGACAAUUCCUCAGUCUCCUCGUGCCUGCGAAUCCGAAUCCGUCACCGGAUUUUCGACCCUGACCACAAAGGUCCCUUUCCUCUAUCUAUCUUUGCCCGCCUCCCUCGAGCCUUGCUGUCAAUCAGAUUUAGCCUUCAGAUCCCAUUGGUACAGGACUCCUUGUCUUACCACUUAAUUCCUCGUCGGUCGCCAGCAUGGCCGUCACAACGCAGUUUGCUUUCCGCACGCUCAAGGAAGUUGGAAUUGUCAAUGCUGUUCCUUCUUACGAGUCCUUGCCCGACUUUGAGAGGCCACAAGGAAACAUUCGUUCUUGCGCCUAUUCUCCCUGCGGUCGUUACUUUGCUUGGACAACGGUCGAAAAAGUCAACAUCAUUAGCGCAGAUAAUGGUGCAAUCGUUUCCACCCUCCCUGCCGAAAAUGUCUUUGAGCUAGGAUUCUCCCCCUUGGGCACCUACAUCAUCACAUGGCAACGACCCUCCAAGGAUGAGAAUGGCGACGCCGUCAAGAACUUGAAGGUCUGGCUGGUCUUUGAUGACAAGGCGGCUGCCGAAGGGGUCGAAAAGCAACCUCUAGCGACAUAUGUGCAAAAGUCCCAAACAGGCUGGAACUUGCAAUACACCUAUGAUGAAGCCUUUUGCGCUCGAACCGUCACAAAUGAAAUUCAGAUCUAUCAAAGUCAUGACCUGUCGACCGUCUGGAAUAAAAUCCGGAUCGAAGGCGUUACCGACUUUGCUGUGUCGCCAGGGAAAAAUCAUUCCAUCGCCGCAUUUGUCCCCGAAAGAAAGGGCCAACCUGCUGCGGUCCGUGUUUACAACGUUCCAGAGUUCACGACCCCUGCCUCGCAGAAAAACUUCUUCAAAGGUGACAAGGUCCAGCUAAACUGGAACGACAACGGCACCUCCUUGAUUGUGCUAGCACAAACAGAAGUUGACAAGACUGGGAAGAGUUACUACGGAGAGACCACGCUGUAUCUUCUCAGUGCGAGUGGUGGUUUUGACUCGAGAAUUGAUCUAGACAAGGAAGGGCCCAUUCAUGAUGUUUCGUGGUCGCCAAAAUCCAACAGCUUCGCUGUCGUCUACGGGUAUAUGCCUGCAAAGACCGUCAUCUUCAAUGCGAGAGCACAGCCUGUUCACACUUUCCCUCUAGGACCGAGGAAUACCGUUCUCUUUUCCCCUCAUGGACGCUAUGUCCUUGUGGCUGGUUUCGGGAACUUGGCUGGUCAGAUGGACAUCUACGACCUUGAAAAGGAUUUUGCCAAGAUCUGCACUAUCGAAGCCAGUAACGCUAGUGUCUGUGAAUGGUCACCCGAUGGUGUACACAUUUUGACUGCGACAACUUCUCCCCGUCUUCGCGUUGACAAUGGCAUUCGUAUCUGGCACGCCAGUGGUCCUCUGGUCUACAACGGGGAAAUGAAUGAGCUGUACAAUGUGUACUGGCGCCCGCAGAAAGCAUCAGCUCAUCCCUUGGCUCCAAAUCCACUAGCAAUCGCUCCAGUCUUGCACAGCAGUGCCACUGACUACAUGGCAACACGAAAAACCCCGAGCAAGCCAGCUGGUGCUUACCGACCGCCAGGAGCCCGAGGCCAAGUGACUCCCCUUUCCUUCAAACGUGAGGACGAAGGCGGUGCAGCUUAUAUCCGAGACGGGACUUCAUCGUUUUCUAGUAAUGUCAACGGAUUUGGCAAGCCUCGUCAACGAAUCGUCCCUGGGGCCGAAGUCGUCGAGGAUAAAGCGCCACUUCCGCCGGGUGCUGCCCCUGGGGGAGGGGUGAGUCUCACGGGUACUGGGGAAGGCGCUGAUGGAGAACCUCUGUCUAAAGCUGCAAAGAAGAAUGCAAAGAAACGCGAGGCUAAGAAAGCCGCCGCCGCCGCAGCCCGUGAUCAACAUGGUUCCGGGAAUUUGGCUCCCGAGCAAAGCGGUACACAGAAGAAAAGCGGGAGCCGAAGUCCCGACGGCCGUGGACAUCAACGAAGCCAGAGUCGAAAUUACGUCCCGGCUCCUGGCCUGGAACCUCCAUCGGGACCAAGAAAGGAAAGAAGCCGCAGCAAUUCCCGUAGGCAACGUGGUGACACCAACGGCUCUCAUCAUGCUCAGACAAAUGGCUUCGCCAAAGGACCUGCGCCAUCAACGCCCAACCUCAAAGGACAACGAGGAAGUGCCCCGGCCAACAUCAAUACCACUGGCCAACUGCCACCUCCCCCGCCCAUUCCAGCAAGUGACCCGCCAGAGUUGGAGGUCACCAGCCCAAUGACACCUGGUGCAAGUCAAGACCCCAGAGAUAAGAAAAUUCGGGGCCUCUUGAAGAAAAUCCGUGCCAUUGAAGACCUCAAGAUGCGUUUCGCGGGAGGUGAGAAGUUGGAAGACACUCAAAUGAGAAAGAUCACGAGCGAGGAUAGUGUCCGGAAAGAACUGACUGGGCUGGGUUACUCGGGACCUGUCUGAGCAUCUUUUUUUUUUAUUUCACUGGGUUUGCAACGGGUCGACAAUGGGUUUGGACGCGAAUGGAAAUCGUCCGCGACUGUAUCACGUUGAGGAGUUGCAGUGUUCUAUUGCAAGGGAGGUUGUUCUGCAUCAGCCAGUUUUGAGAUUGUUUUGGCUACAUGUCUUCCACCAGGCAGCAUCACGAUGUUCUUUGCGGGUUGCAACGGGCGCCUCUGAACCAGACAUUCGAGACCAAGUCGACUGUCAAGGGACCAUCUUGCUUAAAUCCAGAGGCUAGAAAAGCCGUCAAAGCGAUAUUUUUCGUUUAUUGAGCCAUAUCCGCCUGGACCUUCGGGGUGACCAAGGUGAGCUUGGUGUUGGGUGGUAGAUGGGACUUUGCAACUAAUAUGGGCCUUGAAAAAAAACACGAGCCUGCCAUUCGAGAUGUUUGCCGCCAGGGUUCUUUUCUUUCCGGCCAGCACCUUUUCGCUCGACUCUACCGGUGACUUUGGAAGGCCAAAAUUUAAACUGUGCUGCUCGUGCAAAGGGUUAGUCAAUCAAAUUGCAUGAAUCAGAGCUGGCCACUGGUGGAAAGGUAGGGUAAGACGGGGUAGGAUUAGUUUGGUUAUAUAGAAAUCCGAACGAUAUCCUCAUUACAUGUGGAAGCGACUAC